GGCUAGAAAUCGUGAAGCAUGGGUGACUGGAGCUUUCUGGGGCGUCUGUUGGAGAACGCGCAGGAGCACUCAACAGUGAUCGGCAAGGUGUGGCUGACCGUCCUCUUCAUCUUCAGGAUCCUGGUGCUGGGGGCCGCCGCUGAGGAGGUGUGGGGGGACGAGCAGUCGGACUUCACCUGCAACACACAGCAGCCCGGUUGCGAGAACGUCUGCUAUGACGAGGCCUUCCCCAUCUCGCACAUCCGUUUCUGGGUGCUGCAGAUCAUCUUCGUGUCCACGCCGACGCUCAUCUACCUGGGCCACGUCCUGCACAUCGUCCGCAUGGAGGAGAAAAGGAAGGAGAAGGAGGAGGAGAUGCGCAAGGCACUCCGCUUCCAGGAGGAGAAGGAUCUCUACCGGAAUGGUGGGGAGGGUGGAGGAGGGGGUGGUGGAGGUGGGAAAAAGGAGAAGCCCCCAAUUCGAGACGAGCAUGGAAAGAUCCGGAUCCGGGGGGCCCUGCUCCGCACCUACAUCUUCAACAUCAUCUUCAAAACCCUGUUUGAGGUGGGCUUCAUCCUGGGUCAGUACUUCCUCUACGGGUUCCAGCUCAGGCCCCUGUAUAAGUGUGCCCGAUGGCCCUGCCCAAACUCAGUGGACUGCUUCAUCUCCAGGCCCACGGAAAAGACCAUUUUUAUCAUUUUCAUGCUUGUGGUGGCUUGCGUGUCCCUUUUGUUGAACCUCUUAGAGAUCUACCACCUGGGCUGGAAGAAAGUCAAGCAGGGCAUGACCAACGAGUUUGCGCCGGAGUGGUCAAUGGGCAGGGAGGCAGAUAACAUGACGGUCCUGCCCGAGACCAGAACAUCCGCUCCCCUCCCCAACCCACCCAACUACACAGACCUGACGGUCGCAGGGAGAGGUGCCUUCAUGCCCCAAUCCCACUCCAUGGCCAUAGUAGCCACUCCUGAGGCAGAGCGCAAGUCAGACCCUCUCCAUGACCCCCUCCACUCCUCCAUCUUCUCCAGCAACAACAGCAACAACUUCCGGCUACCCACGGGGCAGAAUUGGGCCAACAUGGCGGCCGAGCUGCAGACUAGCGAAGCGAAGCCGAGCGCCCCUUGCUUGUCCUCCUCCUCCUCCUCGUGCUCUCUGAGUAACAUGGCGCACCCCAAGGAGCCCCCGUUGGUUUCCUCCGGCGCGGUGACCGACGGCGAUGCUGAUGGCGAUGAAUCCAGUGGAGGGAAGAGUGACGUGGGUCGCGACAUCACGACCACCACGGUGGAGAUGCACGAACCACCGGUGGUCCCGAUUGAUGUCCGUAGGCUAAGCCGGGUGAGCAAGACCAGCAGCAUCAGAGCCAGGCCUGAUGACCUCGCUGUCUAGCCUCCCCCCACGCCUCCCCCCAAAACCUCCCCUCUCUUCCCACCCGUUCACCCCCACUCAAAAAAAACCCAAUCCAACACACACAUAUACACACACACCAUCCCACCACCUCUGGUUUUUUAUCGAGAGAGAGAGAGAAAAGUUAUGAAAGUAACAAGAAAAAAAAAUACAACAGAGGCAAUUGAAAAAAGAAAAAGUGGAAAAAAGACAGGUUGCUGGAAAUGUGAUGCUCUCUGAUAUGAAAUUCUUUUUAAAUGGCUAGACUAUCCCAAAAAAAAAAGAAGAAUCAGUGCAAUCGGUGAGUUGUAGUGUCACCCAAGCAGAGAUGAUAGGCUCUGCAAGUGACAUACACUCACACCUAUGUGUUUGAAAAUGGGAGAAGCAGGUUGGCCCAGAAUUGUGAAGGAAGAGACAUUUUCACUAAUUUGGACGUUAGCACUAUUAUUUCUUUCUCUUCUUUUUAUUUGUUUUGAAUCUUUUUUUUUCUGAGGAAGAAUUUGGGAGAGGUAUGCACUUCUGAGUCGUUUUUUUUUCUCCCUCUUUUCUUGUGAUAGAUCUUGAGUUUGAUCCUUGUGCACUGGUGUGCCAAUGCCACCAUUCUUUUAAUCAGUGUUCGUCCAUCAUUUUGUGAAUCCUCUGGUUCAUUGUUUUAUCAUAUGGUGACACGGCCUGUAAAGACCGACAGACGCAGAGUGGCACGUGCUCACACUGUGACUAUGCGAUCCGGAGGGGACCUUUUCUCUGAUUCUGAUUCUGAAUUCUGAUUCUGAUUCUGAUUCUGAUUCUGAUUCUACGGUGUCCUGGGAGCUGGAGCAAUGGAGGAGGCCACGGCUCUAUCCCAUGUAAUGACAGAUCCCAAGCCGAGACUUGUCUUUAUGCUUCUCGAAGGUUGUGUGUGGUUGGAAAUAAGGAGGUCUUGUUUUACCGUCAUUAAAAGGAACAAAAAAAUACAUUCUUACUAUCAUUGCAGUUUCAUCAGGGUAUAUUGGUAUAAAUACAUUGCCUAAGUAUAAAUGAAGUGUAUAUAUAUAAAUAAUAUACA